AGAAGAAGAAGAAGAAGAAGAAGAACUAUGCAAGACUUUUAUUUUGGUCUGGUGGUGUGAUGUCAUAAGGCUGCGCCACACUCCAGUAUCUGUGAUUCGGCUGAUGAACGAUUGUCCAAACACACAGAUAAACUCCUGGUGAAGCGACUGAGAUCCACGUGACACACUAUUAUAAAGAUGGUGUUUAUUAAAGAAGAGAGUGAAGAAAUGAAAAUUGAAGAAACAUUCAGAGUGAAACAAGAAGAUACUGAGGAACAAACAGAUCUAAUGGUGCUGAAAGAGGAGAGGGAAUUACUCAAUGCAGAGAAAGAUCAAUAUGAGAAUCUUCAUGAUUUUUUACCUAGAGAAAAAUCUUUCAAAUGCUCACAGACUAAAAAGACUUCCACACAAACUUUCACUUGCAUUCACUCUGGAAAGAGUUUCAAUCAACAAGAAAACCUUAAAGUCCACUUGAGAAUUCACACUGGAGAAAAACCUAAUGGAUCCCCUCAGUGUGAAAAGAGUUCAAUCAAGAGCAAUCAAGAUGAAAGCCUUAAAGUUCAUAUGAGAGUUAACACUGGAAAGAGUCCUUUCACAUGCCAGCAAUGUGGAAACAGUUUCACUCAUAAAGGAAGUCUUAAAAGGCACAUGAGAGUUCACACUGGAGAGAAGCUUUUCCCAUGCCCUCAGUGUGGAAAAAGAUUCAGUCAACAUGGAAACCUUAAAGUCCACAUGAGACUUCACACUAGAGGGAAGGCUUACACAUGCUCUCCGUGUGGAAAGAGUUUUAAUCAAUUUGCAAACUUUAAAGUCCACAUGAGAAUUCACACUGGAGAGAAACCUUACAACUGCCAACAGUGUGGAAAGAGGUUCACUCAAAAAACAGGCCUGAACAGGCACAUGAAUGUUCACACUGGAGAGAGCCCUUUCACUUGCCAACAGUGUGGAAUAAGUUUCACUCAAAAAGCAAGCCUGAACAGGCACAUGAGAAUUCACACUGGAGAAAAGCCUUACACAUGCCAACAGUGUGGAGAGAGUUUUGCUCGAUGUGGAAAUCUUCAAAUUCACAUGAGAAUUCACACUGGAGAGAAGCCUUACACAUGCUUUCAGUGUGGAAAGAGUUUCGAUCGUCAUGGACACCUUAAGGUCCACAUGAGAGUUCACACUGGAGAAAAGCCUUACACAUGCCUUCAGUGUGGAAAGAGUUUUGAACAACAUGGAAACCUUAAGGUCCACAUGAGAGUUCACACUGGAGAAAAGCCUUACACAUGCUCUAAGUGUGGAAAGUGUUUCACUCAAAAAAGUCACCUUGAUGUCCACACAAAGGCUCACUCGAGAGAGAACUUUUACAAUAUUAUAAAGAUGGUGUUUAUUAAAGAGGAGAGUGAAGACAUAAAGAUGGUGUUCAUUAAAGAGGAGAGUGAAGACAUGAAGAUUGAAGAAACAUUCAGUGUGAAACAAGAAGAUACUGAGGAACAAACAGAUGUAAUGUCGCUGAAAGAGGAGAGGGAAUUACUCAAUGCAGAGAAACCUGGAGAAAAAUCUUUUAAAUGCUCACAGACUGGAAAAACUUGCACAGGAAAAAAAGCUCAAACUACAAGUGAUUUCACUUGCAUUCUCUGUGGAAAGAGUUUCAAUCAACAAAGAAAUUUUAAAGUCCACAUGAGAAUUCACACUGGAGAGAAGCCUAAUGGAUCCCCUCAGUGUGGAAAGAGUUUCAAUGAAGAUGAAAGCCUUAAAGUUCAUAUGAGAGUUAACACUGGAGGGAAGGCUUACACAUGCCCUCAGUGUAAAAAGAGUUUUGAUCGUCAUGGAAACCUCAAAGUCCACAUGAGAGUUCAUACUGGAGAAAAGCCUCACACAUGCCUUCAGUGUGGAAAGGGGUUCAAUGAAAAAGGAAACCUUAAUGUUCACAUGAGAGUUCACACUGGAGAGAAUCCUUACACAUGCCUUCAGUGCGGAAAGACUUUCAAACAACAUGGAAACUUUACGGUCCACAUGAGAGUUCACACUGGAGAAAAGCCUUACGUCUGCCAACAGUGUGGAAAGAGUUUUGAUCGUCCUGGAAACCUUAAGAGCCACAUGAGAAUUCACACUGGAGAGAAGCCUUACACAUGCCUUCAGUGUGGAAAGAGUUUCGAACAACAUGGAACCCUUAAGGUCCACAUGAGCGUUCACACUGGAGAAAAGCCUUACACAUGCCUUCAGUGUGGAAAGAGUUUUGCUCGACGUGGAACUCUUAAAGUCCACAUGAGACUUCACACUGGAGAGAAGCCUUACACAUGCACAAAGUGUGGAAAGAGUUUCACUCAAAAAAAACACCUUGAAAUCCACAUGAGGAUUCACUUGAGAGAGAGCUUUUAAAUGUCACUAGGGUGGAAUGACUAUUACAGACAAGAAACACCUAAUGUAAUAACAACAGAGAGAGAAGCCUUUCAUGUGUAAAGACUUGCAAAUCUUGAGGUUCACGUACACUGGAUAAUGGCACUGUUGUCUUCUGUAGAGCUGCUUUAUAGCUGAGUCACACCUUGAAACAUAAACACUGGUAUCUGAACUGAAUCAACAAUAAACUGAAUAACUAUAUUGCUGCCUUUUGUAGAACUGUUUACAGCUGAAUUGAUCUUGUUUUAAAUGUUAUAGAUCUGAACUCACUUGAGCUAAAUAAAUGACACUCUUGUCUUUUAGAGCUGUUUUACAGCAAAAUUUGAAUUGUAUCCAUAGUUAAAGUCCACUGUCGCACUACAAUUUUGACCACAAUCCUAAAAGAUUCCUCUGAUCCUAGGAUAAAAUCUUUGAAUCAUUCGUUUUGAUCAUUAGUUUAACAUUCAACGACAGCCAAUUAAUGAUUGUUGCGAUCAAAUUUGACAUUUGACGAAAUUCUGGCAGUGUCAGAUUUGAUUCACAGUCCUGCAGCAUGACUUGUACAACGACUGUCAAAUUGUCUUUGUUUUUCAAGACAAGCCAUGACCAAAUUAGAGAUUUCUUUGUAGCCACCAUUUAAAUCCCAUGUGUAAUGCAGCUCACUUUCACCUAAUGUGUCAUUGUGUGUCCAUUUUUUCUUCUUCAACGAGUCUUGACUGUAUAUGACUGUACAGUCUGACAAUAAUGACAUCUGAGAUUUUACUGUGUGACAAGGCUGACAGUGGGGAUUCAUACAGUCUGACAAGGAACUAGUCGCUGCAUCUCUUAUCCACUUCACUAGAUUGCUAAUACCCCAAAUUUUGAGCAUAGACCAUCAACUGCUCAUGAAGGCUGAGAAGUUUGAGUUUCAUCCCUCUUCUGUGUCCUACCUGGACUAUGUGACAAGGAGAGGAGGUGGAUAAUUUCUAGGCAAAGGCAGUACUAGAAUGGCCCUGUCCCACCACUGUUAAGGAACUGUAAAUAUUUUUGGGGUUCACAAACCUUUAUAGGAGAUUUAUCCACUGCUUCAACAGUGCAGUGGCAUCUCUUACCACACUACUCAAAGAACGAGAGGAUAAAGUCAAACUUAAUUGGAAUCUGGUUGCAUCACAAUGCCUUUUCUGACACGAGACACGUUGUACUUCAGCACCUACUCUGGAUCAUUCAGAUCAUGCUUUGCCUUUUGUUGUAGAGGUGGAUGCUUCAGACACAGGUCUCUAUGCAAUACUUUCUCAAGAACACUUUCUUCAGCAGAAUGCGAAUACGAUGUCAGCAACUGAUAUGUUGGGCAUGAAAGCCACCAAUGGGGAAUGGCAUCACUGGUUGGAGGGAGUGAGACAUCUGUUUUUGGUUUUAACUGAUUGUUGCAACUUUGGGGUCAACCAAAAGGCUCAAGCUAGGUGGGCGCUCUUUUUCACUAGAGUAGAUUUUUUAUUACCUACAGUCUGGAUCAAAGAACUGCAAAGCGGAUGCUCUCUCUCGCAUUCAUGAUUCGCCUGAUUUAAGGAUCAUGUUCUGCUCAUUCAUGGUUCCCUCAAUGAACUGUAGCUCCCCAGUGCCGGCAGCACUCAUGCAGCUCCAGACCAUGACACUCCCACCACCAGGUUUGACUGUAGGCAAGACACACUUGUACUCCUCACAUGGUUGCUGCCACACACGUUUGACACCAUCUGAACCAAAUAAGUUUAUCUUGGUCUCAUCAGACCACAGGACAUGGUUCCAGUAACCCAUGUCCUAAGUCUGCUUGUCUUCAGCAAACUGUUUGCGGGCUUUCUUGUGCAUCAUCUUUAGAAGAGGCUCUCUUCUGGGACGACAGCCAUGCAGACCCAUUUGAUGCAGUGUGCAGCAUAUGGUCUGAGCACAGACAGGCUGAUCCCCACCCCUUCAACCUCUGCAGCAAUACUGGCAGCACUCAUACGUCUAUUUCCCAAACACAACCUCUUGAAAUGACGCUGAGCAUGUGCACUCAACUUCUUUGGUUGACCAUGGCGAGGCCUGUU